CAGCCAUCUUUCAAUUGUGCUCUCAGCCGCCGUCGCCCGCAGCAGCUUUAGCGCCUCCUCGCUCUUCCUCGCCUGCUCGGCAGCCGCGCUCAGCCUCAGCGGACGGGGGGAGUCUAAGGCUGCAUUUCGUGAUUGUUUCCAUUUUGUUGGGGAUGAGUUUGCCAGCGAGAGGCGCUUGGGAGCGAGGCAGCCUCAGCACUGGCAAUUGGGCAGGCGGGAGCAGCACCGAAAAACCUGACCCCCCAAAAGUGUAAGGAAGAGAAGUUCGCGGGAACAUGGCUCGUACCAAGCAAACUGCCCGUAAAUCCACCGGUGGGAAGGCGCCCAGGAAGCAACUGGCGACAAAAGCCGCUCGCAAGAGCGCGCCCUCUACUGGUGGGGUCAAGAAACCUCAUCGCUACAGGCCAGGUACUGUGGCUCUUCGUGAAAUCAGGCGUUAUCAGAAGUCGACCGAACUUCUGAUCCGCAAACUUCCUUUUCAGCGCCUGGUGCGUGAAAUUGCUCAGGACUUCAAAACAGAUCUGCGUUUCCAGAGCGCAGCUAUUGGUGCUUUGCAGGAGGCAAGUGAGGCCUACCUGGUUGGCCUGUUUGAAGACACCAACCUGUGUGCUAUUCACGCCAAACGUGUCACAAUCAUGCCAAAAGAUAUCCAGCUAGCACGCCGCAUACGUGGAGAGCGUGCCUAAAUUCUUCUAAGAUGGAUUUGUCAUUCUCAAAACAAAAUAAAUCUCUUCUUCCUGUUAUUGGUAGUAAUGAACGUUAGAUAUUUUUUUCCAUGGGGUUAAAAGGUACCUAAGUAUAUGGUUGCAAAAAUGAAAAAAAAAAUAGAGGACAGAAUCGGGUAUUGGCAAGCUCUUUUUCAUUUUCAUUUGUGUGUGGAUUUUUAAUAUAAACGUGGGGACAUAUAAUGCAUUAUUGCUAUCAAAAACCAUUUCAGUGAACAUAUUUCAGCAGUUCAACUUUAUAACAAUUAUAAAUAUGCCAGUCAAACUUUUCUGGACAAUGCCAGCAUUUGGAUUUUUUUAAAAAAUAGGUAAAUUUCUUAUUGAUGGCAACUAUAUGGUGUCUGUAACAUUUUUAUCAUACAGUAGAUUCCAUCCAUUCGCUAUACUUUUCUAACUAAGUUGUCCUACAUGCAAGUACAUGUUUUUAAUGUUGUCUGUCUUCUGUGCUGUUCCUGUAAGUUUGCUAUUAAAAUACAUGAAAUAA